AUGUGUGGGCUAUCUCCCACCGAAUUCGCCUCUUUGGCAUUUACCCUCUGGCUUUUGUUUCUUUUCCUUUUUCUGGUUCAUCUCAGUUUUAUUUUCCUGGCCGUUUCAUUAUUUUUCAGUUCAGGCACCGAGGGUCGAAGCUGUCGACUCGUAUAUGGCGCGGCCAGGGAAUUUCCAUUCAUUGGGAACGUCAUACAGGUUCGAGCGAGGUACUCUUACGAAAGAGAAGCAUCGGCAAAGCUUGGUAGAUUGAGGAGGGGCCUGGAGCAGAGGACCAGCCGGCCUACAAUAGCCCAGAAGGUAAAGACACUGUAA